UUUCAAGAGAUUGUCCCGGCAUUCAUACAUAUAUGAUUGUACUACGCUCGUCACAGACACCUUGCAUCGACAAGGGUGCAGAGAAGGUUCGUCGUAGGCAAUCGUGCGUUCUCGGCAAGCCUCGGGCCAACGGUUCCACCGCCCCGAUUCGAUUCGAUUCGAUUCUCCAGAGCCGCCAGUCUCGCGCACGACCUCCGGCGGUGAAGAUGUCCCCGUCUCUUCCGCUCUCCGUUACUCUAAUUUCGUGAAAUUCCGGGUAUUAACGGACACACGAACAGAUCACAAAGCAUCGAAUCAGUGCAAUUCAACACGCUGCCCGCUCCGCUUGAGCGUGAAAUCGGUUGUUUUCUAAACAAGGUGGAAAACGGUGCAAAUUGUUCGUCAGUUUUUACUCGUGUACACAUGUGUUUGUGUUUUGACAGUUCAGUGAGGAAAACGGUAUAGAAUUUUAAGAAAUAGUGCAGAAAAUUGGAGUUCCGUUACAUUUAAGUUCGUGUAUCAAAAGUGCGUGGAUAAUAUUAUAAUUCGCCGAUUGCCCGAGUGUGAACAUCCAUUCGGUUGCUAUUUAUCGCAGAUCGCCUUAGGCGCAACAGCUUGUGUGCCGAUAUAGGCGAGCAUCGACCAAACGACGACGGUAAAUGAACGUGAAAAUGUUACCGCAGACUCCUGACAUCAUUCCCACGUCUUUGAAUCAGCCAAAAUGUGUCAAGGCUCGAGCCCUCUACGACAACAUUGCAGAGGCACCUGACGAAUUGGCUUUUCGGAAGGGAGACGUCUUGACAGUUCUCGAACAGAAUACUUCUGGCUUGGAGGGAUGGUGGCUCUGCGCACUCAGGGGAAGACAGGGUAUUUGUCCGGGAAAUAGACUACGACUUCUGGUUGGGCAGUACGAGACUGGUGGGUGCCUCGCGGGCAGCCGGGGUGACCUCAGCAUACAAGAAGAUGGAAUUCAGAGGCACGGAAAACGGCGGAGUUGGCACGUGCAGCCCAACAGGGUGGUUACCCCCCAGAAAUGCGGUGACGUCUACCUCUACGAUCUUCCGGCAAGCAGGGGCAGCCCAGCACCUUCGUCGCGCCACGAUUCACCGCUCAAUCCAAUUAACGAUCAUCUUCACAUCGGGCGAUAUCCUUCCGGGGCGAGGAGCUCGGUGGAUAGUGGUGGUGACGUAAGCGAUUGCUACGACGUUCCGCCAAGGGCUGUGCCCGUUAUUCCAUCGCCAGCUAGCAGUCCGAGUCCCGCGCCUUCCUGCUACGACAUCCCUCGUCCGCCGACGUCUUACACCCCCAAUUCGAACUGUUCCGCCGGUUCCGCUGGGUCCAUUGGAUCCGGGUUGACACCGAUGGAUUGCUAUGACGUUCCUAGACCUCUACAGCCUCUCACUCCAAGCAGCUCAGCAUCCAGCUUAACCAACGAUGGAUCCCUCAGUGGCUCCAAUAGAUCAAGCCUCGCCGCCCCAGAUUACGACGUUCCACGACCACGUCUUCCAGCGCAGCAAUCAUCGGCAUCGAAUCAGCCCUCAAGGCACAACACACCUGUGCCACACACGCCGACGCCACCCCCGUCGCUCCAGCAGUCCCAACAAAUUUACGACGUCCCUGUGAGCAAAGAACUUCCUCUGGAGCUCGAAUCCGCUCUCGAAGGUCUUCAAAGGCUCCAGGGAGAGGCUGGCUCCGCGAUCGCUCGACUUCUCGGCUUUGUGAGUCCCGGAUGGAGAACGUCUCAAAAGCUAGACACCACAGUUAUGGACCUCAGGCUUGCCGCUCUCAGGCUAAGAACCUCCCUACACGAUUUGGCAGAAUUUGCUGAAGGGACCCUCGGCAAUGCGGGAAAAGCGCCCGACAAGGGUUUGGCGACGAAGCUUCGCCCGCUGGUGAAAGCUCUUCGCGACUCCGACCGGCUUGUUCAAGACGCAGCGACCGAGCUUGACUCGAUUAAAUGGGAUGUUGCGAGGCUGUCUAGAGGCGGCGAUGACACACCAACCCCAACGAACGGCUCACCCCCGUCCCUCUUACCUCAUCCGCAGCCGGAUCCCUUGGAUCAACUCGUUGCAUGUGCCAGGGCCCUCACCGAAGAUGUUCGUCAAGUCGCCAGUUUCAUCCAGGGCAAUUCGACUUUACUCUUCAAAAGAUGCUCGGUGAUGUCGAGCGGGAGUAACAACAACGGUAGCAAGGAAGGAACGGGCGAGGACUACGACUACGUGAAUUUAGAGUCGCGGGAGGUGGUCGCUAAGCAACGAGAAGAACUGAGGGCAGCUUUGCCGCAAGAACUUAGGAGCAGCUAUGACCUCCUCGUGACGGAGAAUGACACAGCCGCGGUCCAGGCACCUCCCGCUACUCCCACGCCGAUGGAUCCAAACGAUAAACAACUUCUGGCCUUUUAUGCCGCUCAGCUCAUAACUCACGGUGCUCACCUCACCCACGCUAUCGACGCCUUUUUGCAGACGGUCGAACGGAAUCAACCUCCGAAAGUUUUCUUGGCGCACGGAAAAUUUGUCGUCCUAAGCGCACACCGGCUCGUACACAUAGGAGAUACGGUGCACAGAAACGUACAGAGGAAUGAUGUUCGAACGAGAGUAUUAGAAUGCGCCAAUGCGCUGAGUGAGGCACUGGCGCAGACUGUGUUGAAGACGAAACAGGCAGCGCAGUUUUUCCCGAGCGUAACCGCCGUCCAAGAGAUGGUGGAUAGCGUCGUCGACGUAUCGCACUUGGCAAAGGACUUGAAAGUCGCCGUCAUCAACGCCGCUCAACAGCCUUAAACACCUUAAACACCUACUUAUAAUAAUUGUACAAUAAUUUAUUGGUAAACCUAAGGUAAACCUUGUGUGGGUGCGUGUGUGUGUGCGCGCGUGUGUGUGUGCGUGCGUGUGUGUGUGUGUGAGUGUGUGCCGUGAGUUUUUCCAAACAGUGAAACGAUUCGUGCGCCUGUGAAAGGCAACCGGAGUUACAUAUCAUGUUCAGGUUGAGGCCAUUUCAAACGACAAACUGAAUUUGAUGACAGCCCUACUUUCAGUUUCUUCAUUAUUGCUUUGAGCUAGAUUUUCACGUAUGGUAAACAGUUGGAUGCAGCAACAGCAAAAUGCUCUCAUUGACUGCUUGAUGUGUACAUGAUGGGAUGCUUCUGAUGUAUGUAGCAAAGCAAACUGAUGUAGAAAGUGGGUUCAUUUCUACACUUCGAACAGCAAUUUUCAUGUGCAGCAAGAUCCUGAAGAAGACACCAGAAUCAUUGACCAAUCGGAGCAUUUUUGCAUCCAGGUGUUUGCUGCAUAUUACGAAAUUCGGAAAAUGAUAAAAAAUUGGACUCGGAAAAUCAACCAAUGCUGCAUUUUCACGUGCAGCAAACACCUGGCUAAGAUCAAAGUGUAGGUGUUUGAUGCACGUGAAAAUGUAGCUUUAGUUGAUUGUCCGAGUUCAAUUUUUCAUCAUUUUCCGAAUUUCGUAAUAUUCAGGUUAUUUUGACAAAUAAUUUUUUAUGCUUGUAAUGCCCGUGGCGGGAUACGGUGCUCAACCUAAACAUCAGCUGUAACUUUGGUUGCCUGUAUCAGGCGCACGGAUCGUUUCGCUGUUGGAAAAACACACGGUACAUCGGGUUAUUUCAUUGAUACGUCCCAUACACGUGCCUGUGGGAUGCAUCAACGAAAUGACCUGGUAUACUAAUCCUUACUUACUCCGCUAGAUUUUCGACGAUUUUACUAUCGGACACGCACAAGGACACACACAUUGUGCUUUUCAUUCUUGUUCUGAACCCAUUGACGCAUGACGCAUGACGUUCCACACAUAAAAUGCGUUCACGAAUUUAAAACCAUCUUGAAUUAAAUUUGAUAGAAAAGCAUUCUGCAAGCUUCCAAACUUUUAUAUACCUUUAUACUAAAUUACCAUAGAAUAAAAAAUACGGUGAAAAAUAUACGUAAACUAGAAUCAGGGCAUUUUAUGCCACUACACGGCGUCUUCCGAUACAUCGAAUACCAAUAAUCAGGCUGACGGUAAUGCAUGACAUGAAUGCUUCAAGGGGUGACGAAUGGAACGACAGCUCACUUUGUAAGACCGAUGAAUGUCAGAUUAGGUAAUCUGACCAUUCCGUUUACAUUAUGUAUAGAAUAGCUAUCAAAUUUUUGAAUUAUAUUGCAAAGAGGGGCUUUGUUUUUAUAAUUCGGGCCUACAUCAACACCAAAUUGGUACAAGUAACGCUACUGCCAAAGUAUAUAAUAUUAUACACGUACGUACGCAUAUUGAAAAAAAAAUCGUACAUAUGCUGUAGUUUACUCUAAGUAUUGGGAUAGAGCAUCGUAAAUCGCGUAUGUAAUAAUACGUGCGGUGAUGAUUGUACUAAUGUAUAUAUAGGUAUAUAAUCCUGAACGUGGUAUAUACAACAUAUAUAUGUAAUACGAAUUCAAUGUGAUCCUUGAUGAUCGUUAUUAGAAAACGAAUAUACAGUUGUGUAUGAAAUCGUUCAAUGCAUAGAUACAGAGAAACGCUGAGAUAAAAUUAUAAUAGUGGUUCGAAUUAUACGCAAUAGACGCGUAUAAGACGUAAUGAAACUAUGUAUAUACGUAUUAUAAUUUAACACGUCAAGGCUGUGUUUUAGAAUUUGUGUCAUUGGCUCUUUAGUUAAUUUCUAUAUACAUAUUUUCACGUUAUAUAUGUUUAAUUAAUUUAACAUCAAUUUUGGCUGAUUACUCAACUCGUUAUUAAAAACAAAUAAGUUCCUCAAUUUUAACAGUAAGAACCCGUUAUGUUCGGUUUCUCUGUUAAAUCUCGAAACAAAAUAAUUAAGAACGAAGUUGCAUCUUAUCUCGUCAAAUGUACGUAAAGAUCUAUAGUUUGCUGUUUUUUUCCAAUUAAAUAAAUAUAGUAAGAAGAUUUUUAUUUUUCUUUCACGGUAUUAGGUUCAAUUCAUGCUAAAAAUGAAACGAAAACAAAACAAAAGAUAUUCUUAGCGAUUAAUUAAUAGUUCGAACGCAUUAACACAUUUGAACUUUAGGCAUAUGGAGUAUUAUGGAGUGCAGCACACGGUGCACUACUUUGACUAAAAAAAAGCGUUCACUUCCGUCUGUGUGCUUUGAACACUUUCAGAUCGCGUUAUAUUCUCAGUUUUGAAAACUAAAAAAACUUUUGCUCUGGGUAAAAGAUUUUUUCAAUGCAUUUUAGUUUAUGUUGAAGGUAUUACGAAAUAUCCUCGAGGAAAAAAACACAGCCGAAGACCUAGUGAAGAGUCGCACUAUGUAUUAUAUUAUAAAGUUAACGUCCUUGUAUUAUAUAUACCUUUAUCUAUGCCGCUACAUAAGAAUGAAAUAAUUCAUGAAAAAGCUAAAAAUGGCGGUUUGAUAUUUAUAAAUAUUUUAGCAAUUUAUAUUACUUUCGAUAUCGAUUGAUACAGUAUUCUUUUUUUUUUACAACCGUAACCUUGUUACUUUCCAAGAGAGGUACAAUAUCGAAGUUGUGAAGAGAAAUGUAAAUAUAUUAAAAAAAUAUGUUUACUUACACAACUCGUGACUGGAGUCCGAACGCACCUCACCCAAACUUUGAACUACGCUCAGCGUCGAUGUCGCUAAGCGGUUUACAGUCUUCGAAUGGGUUUUUCAUUGACUAAAUGUAAAUAAAAUCAGAUUUCUCGUGCAUUAUUCCUUUCCUUGUGUAAAGAAGACGAAACUACGUAUGAGAAAGUCUGAUUAUCAGGAUAGAACCGGUUUUAUGAUCAAGACAAGCUACGAGGUGUGUUCGGAACCCAGUCAUGCGUUUGAAGGUAGAAAAAUAAAGUCGUGAGUUGUAGGGUUAAGCUUUAAUGACAGACAGAAUAUACACAAGUGCAAUGGAAAUAAAUAGGAACUACAGACACCUUAAAACUUUCAUUACGUGAACUCUUACCGGGGAUCAUUACGUAACUAUUUUUAAGUUUUGUUAUUUAUCGUAUGGCCGUCAAUGUAAUUUCUUUUUAUAGAAAAAAAAUUUCAAAGCAGCUUUAUGUUGGGAGUAUAAACAUUCUAUGCGAGAUCUGGUGGCGAUUCCGUGUACAAUUCAAAAUGAGGACCGCGGGGUUACAGCUAAACAUCAUCGUAGGCAUUAUCUGGGCAUUAAUCGUAAUUACUGCGCAUCUCUUCGCGUCAGAUCAUUCUUCCACCAAAAUUUUUGCAAAUAACGCGUUUAUCAGUAUUUCAUGUACCCGAAUCAACAGCUCUUUCGACCUUCAUAAAAUUUCACCUAGUGAAAGACGAUUUUGUGUAUCCAAAAAACGAUUUAAGACACACUGACAGCAUUGUUAAACGUAGAAAUGACAUUUUUACGGAAGAAAGUUUACACGCUGCGUCAAAUCAACGCGAACCUUGCCAACGGCUUAUCCCCGUGGCGUUCAUGUUUGUUUGGCAGCAUCAGCGUCCUCCAGAUGCCCGUCAAUGUUUUCAAUCCCAAUAUUAUAUAGACAGCUAGAUGUAGUGUAUCGGAGAGAGAAGGAAGUUUGUUUAGAACUACGUGUAUACGUUUAACGGUACGAUAGAAUAAUCCUCGAUGGUUGGCCAUCGUACUUUCCUUACUUACUACUUAUUAUUAUCACGCGUACAGUAUACGCUAAGAAUGACCAAUAAUAAUCGAUCUGCCAUUAAAUCGAUUAUUUUUUCCGGACUAAUCGAGUGCGAUCGAUUAUUUUUCAAACUCUAUUAAUCAAUCGCGACGAUUAAUUAUUAUUCCUCGCAACCGAUUUUUGUUUUCUCACUCCUACGAACGAUGCAAUAUAAUAUCAAUUUAUGUGAUUUAAGUAUAAAUUAUUAUCAUUGUCUUACUUAUUAAGUACCUAAUUGAUAUGAUAAGUGAAAAAUGAAUGCAUAUUUACAUCUGAAAUUGAAAAAUAGUUUGAAUUAAACUGUGAAUUGUCAAAAAAAAAACUUUUCCGCUAUUAAUGCUUGUGAUGUCGGAUUUUCGAUGCACUCAGCCACCCGAAGAAGUGACCGAGAACCUACCUCGUUCACGAUAAUUUGGCGAUCCGCGAUGAAAGCUGGAAAAUUGAUCUUACAAAAGAUAUCGCGAGAUUUUGCUGAAUGUCUCUCAAUCGUCAGCUUCGCUAUUGCUCGGCUAUAUUCCUCUGCACCAGGUAUCUCAGUACCGCGGAGAGAGGAGGGGUAGUUUUGUAGAGAAAAAGAACGAACACCUGUACGCUACGCAAUCUAACAAAGUAAAAUAAAAUAAUCUAAGUACUCGAUAGCGCAAAGGCGAUACAAAAAAAUAAAAAAAAAAAACGAAAAAAAUACUCAAUUCGCGCUUCAUGAUUUCAAAAGCAAAUAUAAAGGUAAACCAAAUAUCUAAUAAAUCUUUAAUCUAAUUGCGCUAGUCGCGCCGUCGAUAACAAACAAAGUCAACAAAACCAAAAAGAAAGGAGUAUUCAACCGCGCUGACCACGAUAGUUCUUUACU